AUGACGGUGGAGAAGAGCAAAGGCACACAAAAAGAGGCACCACCGGCAACACGGAAAGUUGCACCGGACGGCGGCUGGGCGUGGAUGGUCUGUUUGGGAGUGAGUUUAGUCAAUUUUUCAACACGUUCCCUCGAGCCGUCCUUCGGUCUUCUAUUCAAGGACCUUUUAGAUGAUCUCGGCGUUCACACGACUGGCGCGUCUGUGAUAGCCAGUACCCUUGAUUCAGUGGUUAAUUUCUCUGGAUUCUUUGUGGGCCCUGUGAUAAAAACGUUUUCUUAUAGAAAAGUUUGUUUUGUUGGCUCCACGAUAUGUGCCCUUGGCCUUCUUUGCACCGCACCCGCGAGCAGCAUGGGCCAUAUUUUAGCAACCUAUAGUAUAUUAGGAGGAUUUGGUGUGGGUCUCGCAUCGUCAUCUUCAUUUGUGUCACUAAAUCAUUAUUUUUCUAAGAAACGUGGCCAAGCUGUUGGGUUGUCUAUGGCAGGCACAGGAUUCGGUUUGAUGGUUAUGCCCCAACUAGUUAAACUUUUGCUUAGCGAAUACGGGUUCAGAUGGACAGUCGUUAUAUUAGGCGCUUUGGCCUUUCACGCUGUUCUCGGAUCCUGCUUACUUCAACCAGUGAAAAGGCAUCUAAUAGAUGAGCCAAUUGACUGUGAAUUGCAAACAGUGAAGGAAAUGGAGUGUAUAAACGAAAGCGAUGAAGAAGAAGACGAUAAGUUCGAAGUUAAUCCGCUCGUAACCCAUCCAUUGCCAAAGUUAACUAAGCAACGAUCGAAUGUGAACAUGAACCAUCCAUCAGUUCGAACGAUUGGUCUCCCAAGGGCUAAAACAUAUGAUAAGCCCUUACAAGAGUUUGAUACUAAUGCUAAGUUCACUCCGGGGCUAACUACGGCCGCAUCAGUCGGGACAAUGCAAAGAGUGACAUCUAGCGGCAGUAUGAGUGAAGCAGCGAGGAAGAGAAAAGUAUCUGUGAUAUCGAAUAUAUCUAAUAUGGACUUCACGGGAAGUUACCUGCAGCUGUAUCUUGAUACAGUAGAUGACGACGCUCUACAAAUGAAAUCUUUCAAGAAGCGUCAAGAAGAGCCAGUUAAAGAAAAAAAACAAAGCUUUGUCAAGAAAUUUAUAAGCCUGAUGGACUUAGAUUUACUUAAAGAUUGGUCGUUUUUGAACCUUUUACUUGGUCUUUCACUAUUUUGGAGUGGAGAACUACAAUUUAGGAUGUUGACUCCAUUCUUUAUAAGGAGUUUAGGAUAUAAUAUGAAUGAAACAGCUUUCUGUUUGUCCAUGACCGCCAUCACUGAUAUAGGGGUCCGGUUAAUUUUACCACCCAUAUUUGACAGAACAGCUAUCACUAAAAAGAUGAUCUUUUUUAUAUCGGCAUUCUUUUUAGCUGCCACAAGAUCAGUACUCGCCGAACAAUCAGAAUGGGUUCCGUUAAUGGUGUGGCUUUCUAUAUGUGGUUUCUUCAGAGGUAUGUGCCUUAGUAACUUCACACUCACCAUAUCUGAGUACUGUCCGUUGGAAAAACUUCCUGCCGCUUUCGGCCUACAUAUGGUCAGUAAAGGAGUCUUGGUGGUUAUCAUUGGGCCGUUGAUUGGUUACGUAAGAGACUACACAGGAAGCUUUGCAAUGUGCAUACACGUACAGAAUGCGAUGAUAAUGUCCUGUGUGCUAGUGUGGGGGGUGGAGUACGCUCUAGCUUUCACUAGACGGCGUAAAAUUGUACAAAUA